CAGAACAAAUAAGAAAUAUAUUGAGAUACAUAUUUAUUUACUCCAGGCAUGAAUCAAAUAAAGCAAAAUCGUUUACUGACUCUGGAGGAGGAAUCUCCGUAUAUAAAUCCGACAAAACGAUGUGGCGGUAACUGCAUCGAAGGAAAAUUAGGAAAAUUAUCAAGCCCAAUUGUUCCAGGCGUCAGUGGUUUUUCGCGGAAGCGAUCGUUUCCUUGGGAGGAGAACUCAACUGAGAAUUUACCCGCGAAACGAGCACGAAAGCAGAUCCCAAAGAGGAAGUUCAAAAUAAGUAGGGAGCCUGAGGUUCCAAAUGAUUUUUUGGUAGGUUUGCCAGUAUUGCUCGACACUGACCCCAGUGACUGGGAGGAAGGUUCUCCAAAGUCAGAGAUUCAAGUGGCCAAAUCAACAACUGAAGAUAGCAGAAAUCUGUUAACCUAUCAGCAAUUAAAACUUAUUUGCUGUGAAAUGAUGGAACAAUGCGAUAAUCGAGUAGUGCAGGAGUAUGAAGUAGCAUUGACUCAAAAAAUGGCAGAGCAGUAUGAUACAUUCAUCAAGUUCAAGCACGACCAAUUGCAGCGAGAAUGUGAACAUGAGGCCAGUUAUUUGUCGUAGUCUAGACUGUUUAUGUUGUUACUAUAUUUUUAUUUUUUUUUUUUAUUGUUUAUGUUAGUUAUCGAAUAAUAUAGUAUCAUCUCUGUGGUAAUAAA